UUGGAGCAACAUGGAGGGUAUUUUUGGUGACAAGUUGAGUCUUUAUAUAGUCUUGUCCGAGGGCCAAAAGAAACUACAUCCCAUCUCAACACACAAAUAUCAAAAUUCUAGUAGACCUCCUAAUUCUUCAAUAGCCGCCACGCCAUCAAUGGAAGCUCAAGAAUUGAUGGAUCUUUUUGAUUCAUGCUGGUUUGAAAUGGAAAUCUUCAAGAAACAAUUCAGUUUGUCAAAAUCAUCAGGUUUUGAUGGUAACCCACUUCACCAAAUUCAAGAAAUACCACAAAAACCAGAGUUUUAUAGAGUUCCAACAAUCAUUUCGCGGUCUAUGAGUGACCAAUUAUGGCCUAAAACAAGCUUCAGCUCAGGUUUUUCUCUAUCUCCCGACUCCGUUCUUCUCAAUCCAAAGCUUCAAACCAUCCUCUCAGGCAAAGAAAUUACAGAAGAAGGAGAAAGUUCCAUAACUCCAUUACAAACAGAAAGGUUAAAUGUUCAAGAAUCGCCUAAAAAGAAAGCAAGAAGCAGGAGAAAAGGAAAGAAGGCUUUGAGUAAGAGUUUAUCGGAAUUGGAGUUUGAAGAGGUAAAAGGGUUUAUGGAUUUGGGUUUUGUGUUUUCUGAAGAAGAUAAAGAUUCAAGCUUGGUUUCGAUAAUUCCAGGAUUGCAGAGAUUGGGAAAUAAAGAUCAGGAAGAAGAAAAGAAAGAAGAAAAGAACAGUGCUUUUGAUGAAGGUGCAGUUUCAAGGCCUUAUCUUUCUGAAGCAUGGGAAGCUUUGGAUAAUAGAAAGAAAGAGGAGCCUUUGAUGAAUUGGAGAAUCCCUGCUUCGACUAAUGAGAUUGACAUGAAGUAUAAUCUUAAAUGGUGGGCUCACACUGUUGCAUCCACCGUUAGAUAAUCAGGAAAUCUUAGAUUCAUUGUUGGUUUUUUUUUUCAUUAUUGUUAUUUAGAAGAAUUUUGUAAUUAAGAUUUUGGUUAUUGUUUUCAUGUGCAAAUCUACAACUUGUAAUUGUAAAUAAUAGUAGAUUGUUUCUCAUUUCUCA